AUGCCGUCCUGGUCUGGACGUAAUCCACCGAUCCCUCCGAUCGCAAGCCCUGGCACUGCCCUUCCCUCGAACCCUCACGCAGUCCCUGCCUCGGAUCACCCCCGAAGACGCCCGUCACAUACUCACGAUGCUCCAAGUAUGGCCCCGCUGAAUACCGGCCUGCCCACGGGCUCACACCGACACGGACACAAUCGCUCGAUCAGUCACCAGUUUGCUUCCCCAUUCACCGGGAUGGGGAAGAAGCGUGAUAAAGUUGGACCUAAGUACACUACGUGGGAGUCUGACUCCGACUCCGACGUCACAGUCCCCACGCAGCCUACCUCAUCGAGUCCUCAUAAAGAAACGAGUGCUGUACAAGGCAAUGAGUUGACUGAGGGGAAAUGUCAGACCUGCAACUCGACUGUACGGUGGCCACGCAAGGCUCAUGUUUUUCGCUGCACCUCUUGUUUAAUGGUCACCGAUCUCGAAGCAGAGCCCGCCAAGAAUUUCAAGAGCCCAGGCGGCCUUGAAUAUGAAGAGCGAGCGCGAGGGGCUCGGAAAUGGGACCCUCCUGAGCGGGACUCAGUACUGUCGCCUUAUGAGCCAAAAUCAGAUCUUAUUUUGUCAGCCAACAGUGUCAGGCGCAUGAUUGAUGGAUGUCUCUCUGUGUAUUUCGAUAGACUUUUAGAAAGCCCAAAGUCGCAGUUGACACCGGACGACGAUCGCAAUGGUCGACACUACGACCCUCAGACGGAGAGUUCCUUGUCGCCUCCUGUACGCAGCCCCGAACAUGGCCAUCUCUCGGUUCCACGGCCCCUUCACAGUCGUAGUGUGUCUGCAUCAAGUGAACGGGAACGUGCUACGGGUACGAACGAGAGUUCCUCCUUGAAGCCACAGUCGAUUCAAAGGGAAGCCAAGAAUACCCCUAUCCGACCUCGCGCCAAUUCGAACAUACAAUCGGAUUCCAUGACAGACCAACGCUCUCAGCCAACCGCACGGCCUACAGACACGGAGACUAAGAACGGCGAGCGACAGCCGUUGAUUUUCAAGCGUCUGGAAAACUACAUUAUCGCUGCUUUCAAAGGCACUAGUGUACUCAAUAUGUCCUUCUCUACUUACCAGCCUGCAGUCCGGUCUGCUAGCAGUGGCAAUCUUCCCAAGAUGACCAUGGAUCCUGCGUCAACACCGGAACAAGGACCCGAAGGACCCGAUGCACCCGUCUUCGAAAUAGAUGCAAAAACACUGCUUCUCGGAGACGUGGCUGAAAAUUCAUCCUGGUGGAUGAAUGAAUGGGCUCAGAAGGAAGGUCAAGUUCCUUCUUCUGGCAAGGAGAAGCUCUCACAUCGGUCUCGUAUGGUGUCUUCUAGAAGUCCUCGAAUCAAUUGGGCUGAAGUCGCCCAGUGGUACCAGCUGGUUCUGACCGCGGGUAGCUCAUGGGCUCAGAAGUGGGCUGCAAGGAAGCCUGACGCCAGAGGCUCUGAAGCAGAUAUUUUUCGCAUCAAAAGAUGGGAAUCAAUUGAUCCCUCAACACUGGAAAAGGAAAUCAGCGAGUCCCGUAUACACCUCCAGCGCACAUUGAUGAAAGCCAUUGAAAACCUUCUGAAACGUCCAAGGCGUGUUCUGAAGAGGCCCGAAGAUACAAGAUUCCUGUUUAUAUUAUUGGAAAACCCCCUUUUGACGUCACCUACUGCCUUUGGUCAACCAUCAACAGUACAAGCACCUCACCGUGAUGAGCGGCGUCCAUCUCACCCGAAGGCCACCCUUCGUCCAACAAACAGGGAUGGUAAAUCUCCCCGCAAAGAUCCACUCCCUGCGAUUCCUCGCUACAGCAGCUCAAAUCAUCAUCACGGAAUCACCAAGCGUAUCCUGGGCCUCAUGUCAAAUCUGCCCAAUGACUGUCAUCACUACCUUGUGUCCUGGUUUUCUCGGUUCUCGCACGGUCAAUUCGAACGACUGGUGGACUUGGCUGGCGGUUUCAUCACCUAUCGAUUGACUCGGCAGCAUGGCCGCAAGCGCAACCAGCCUACCAAAGAUGGAGAUGACCUGAUUCCAAGUUUUGCUAGUGCCUCAGGUAAUACUCCGGCCGAGUUACACGCGGCGAUUAAUCGGCGAGGGCAAAAGCCACCCCCGCAGAACAAGGAAGAGCCUAUGGUAUACACAGAAGAUUGGCAAAUUCGAGGAGCAGCAAGGGUGAUGUCUUUGCUGUUCACGGCAAACAACACUCACUCCUCACGCAAAUCUGACGACACCUUAGUCGAACCAAGAGGGCUGCGCCAUGCUGACUCUGCUGUCACCCAAUCAGCACGCCAGCAGGGGUACAUGGUCCCGAUUAGUUCGUUCUACAACACACUGCUCGACUACUCGGAUCUGCUAGCUGACUUCGAAACGUGGGAGUCUCGAAUUUCAAAGUUCUCAUUUUGUCAGUAUCCAUUUUUGCUCAGCAUCUGGGCCAAGAUUCAUAUUCUCGAACAUGACGCUCGCCGUCAAAUGGAGGUCAAAGCUCGCGAGGCGUUCUUCAACAGUAUUUUGAACCAUCGCGCUGUUAGUCAGUAUCUUGUGCUGAAGGUGCGACGCGAAUGCUUGGUUGAAGAUAGCCUUCGGAGUGUGAGUGAGGUCGUCGGCACUGGACACGAGGAGAUCAAAAAAGGCCUUCGUAUCGAAUUCAUCGGGGAAGAGGGCAUUGAUGCUGGUGGGUUGCGUAAAGAAUGGUUCCUCUUGCUCGUCCGGGAGGUCUUCGAUCCGCAUCAUGGGCUCUUCGUCUACGAUGAUGACUCGCAAUACUGCUAUUUUAACCCUCAUUGCUUCGAAUCCUCUGAGCAAUUCUUCCUGGUUGGAGUGUUGCUGGGCCUGGCAAUUUACAAUUCCACUAUCCUCGACAUUGACUUGCCGCCAUUUGCCUUCAAGAAACUAUUGGCCGCCGCGCCGCAGGCUACUGGACCAGCGUCAACCAAUGGCUGCCGGCCAAAAUUCAAGUGUACACUUGAGGACCUCGCCGAGUAUCGACCAGCUCUCGCCAAGGGGCUUCGGAUGCUCCUAGACUACGACGGUGAUGUAGCCGAAACAUUUUGCUAUGACUUCGUAGCCCAAGUCGACCGCUACGGGGAGAUUGUGAACGUCCCUCUAUGCGCAGGUGGGGAGAGUCGUCCGGUGACCAACUCGAAUCGGCGCGAGUUUGUGGAUCUGUAUGUGCACUAUUUCCUCGAGUCCUCAGUCACUCGGCAAUUCGAGCCGUUUAAACGGGGCUUCUUCACGGUUUGUGGAGGUAAUGCGUUGUCACUCUUUCGGCCUGAGGAGAUUGAACUACUCAUUCGCGGGUCGGAUGAAACGCUCGAUGUGAAUUCUCUACGGGCCGUGGCCACGUACGAUAAUUGGUCGUCGCCUCGGCCCGAAUCACUUCCCGUGGUGCAGUGGUUCUGGGAUUUCUUUGAAACGUCCCCACCUCAAGCCCAGCGGAAAAUUCUUUCUUUCAUUACCGGCAGCGAUCGUAUUCCCGCCAUGGGCGCCACAAGCCUCUCAAUCCGGCUGGCCUGUCUUGGAGAUGAUUGCUUACGCUAUCCCAUCGCGCGAACUUGUUUCAACACUCUAGGCCUGUACCGUUACGGAUCUCAAGCCAAAUUCCAGCAACUGCUCUGGGAUGCCGUUCUGAACAGCGAAGGCUUUGGCUUGAAAUGA